CAGGAAGUGAGAAGCACCUGACAUUCCAAAAGAGUCCCCUUACUUUCUCCUACUUUAGACAUGAGUGUCGUUUAUCUCUGCACCGACUUAUAGGGUUCCUGCUUCUUUCACUCACUCGUUCCAUCGUUUUAGUUGCCACCGAGCGAUAAUAACUGCUGUUGGGCUGUUUAACUCGUGUUGUGCUCAAUGGCCACUUCAUAUCAGAGUGUGUCCGAGCUCGUCGUAACUGCUCGGCAGUUGUACGGCCAGGUAUUCGGAGAAGAAGCUCCCCGGGUGGCGGUGUGUGCUCCUGGAAGAGUCAACCUGAUAGGGGAGCACACUGACUACAACCAGGGAUUCGUCCUUCCGAUGGCACUGCCCCUGGUGACUGUGGUGGUUGGGAGUCCAACUGCAGGCCAGGAUGUUACUGUGGUAACAGCUGCAGAGGAUGCCGAUGAGCCUCGGAGGGUGGACUUCAGCCUGCCCACUGAUGGAUCACCGCUGUCUCCGGGGUUACCCUCCUGGGCGAACUAUGUGAAGGGUGUUAUACAGCAUUACAGGGCUCCUCCUGUCUCAGGUUUCAGGGCAGUGAUAGCCAGCAGUGUGCCCCUGGGUGGAGGACUGUCCAGCUCAGCCUCUCUGGAAGUGGCUUUCUACACCUUCCUGCAGCAACUCAAGCCAGAUGACGGAGACAUGGUGUCCAAAGCAGUAGCCUGUCAGAAGGCCGAACACACUCAUGCCGGUGUGCCCUGUGGCAUUAUGGAUCAAUUUGUGUCUGUUCUUGGCAAGGAGGGGCAUGCUUUGCUCAUAGACUGCAGGUCCAUGGAGGCCACACCUGUCCCUCUAGCAGAUCCACGCCUGGUCAUCCUCAUCACCAACUCCAAUGUGAAGCAUUCUCUGACCGGCAGCGAAUACUCCACGAGACGCAGACAAUGUGAGGAAGCUGCCUCUAUCCUUGGAAAGGACAGUCUCAGGGAUGCUACUAUGAAGGGCCUGGAAGAGGCAAGGAACAGGAUGGAUGAUGUUACCUAUCGAAGAGCUCGCCAUGUUAUUGAAGAGAUAGAAAGAACUGUCCAAGCUACUGAAGCCCUGAAGCGAGGAGCCUACAAAGAGUUUGGCAAGCUUAUGGUGGAGAGCCAUAACUCUCUGAGAGAUCUGUAUGAGGUGAGCUGCAGGGAGCUGGAUGAGCUGGUGUCUGCAGCCAUGAAGGUGGACGGGGUGUUUGGGAGCCGGAUGACAGGCGGAGGAUUCGGUGGAUGCACUGUUACUUUGCUGCAGGCCCAUGCCAUUGACACGACCAUUCUCCACAUACAGGAGCAGUACAGUGGAAAUCCAACAUUCUACAUCACAACUCCUUCAGCGGGAGCACGACCCCUCACCCUGCCUUGACCUUUGUCAACCUUUCUGCUGUAUGAGCAUAGCUGAUUCUGUCCUCAUUACAUGCUUUAUAUUUUUAGAUUUUUUUUUCUUUUUCUUUUUUACAUUUUUGCCAACAUUUUGUCGCAUUGCUUCAAUGCAAAUCUGGGCUGAUUGAAAAGCAUUCUCUUAAUGUGGGAAACUGUUUUUAUAGUGGGACGUUUUUAGAAGAUGUGUUUUCACAUUUGUUCAAUGCUUUAUUGUGUGCUGUAAAUAUCUUGUAGCAACUGUCUGCAUAAUUUUGACUUACAUGUACUGUGGAACUAUAGGCCAAUUUAAACAAUAAACAAUACAGUCUUCAAUAAAGUAAACCAUAUUUAGAUUUUAA